CAACCCUUUAGUUUCGGUCUGAUAACGCUGCGCGGAGGACAGAUGCAGGUGUUCUACGGUCUUAAUUAAACGAAAACAACUUCCCGCCCAUGUGAAAUUAAACGGCGCUCACGACCUGCUACAUUGAAAAAUCACACAUCAGAAUUUCAACUCAUAGACAAAUUAAGCUUAAAGCUCUAUUACCCAAGAUGAACAGCACUGGACAAUCCUAUCCCCUGGCCUCUUUGUAUGUCGGGGAUCUGCAUCCAGAUGUAACGGAGGCCAUGCUGUACCAGAAAUUCUCUCCCGCUGGACCCAUCAUGUCAAUCCGUGUGUGCCGUGACAUCAUCACCCGCAGAUCUCUGGGAUAUGCCUACAUUAACUUCCAGCAACCAGCAGAUGCUGAGUGCGCCCUCGAUACAAUGAACUACGAUGUCAUUAAGGGCCGGCCUAUCCGGAUAAUGUGGUCUCAGCGUGACCCGGGACUCAGGAAGUCCGGUGUGGGGAACAUCUUUAUCAAGAACAUGGACGAGUCCAUUGACAACAAGGCGCUGUAUGACACCUUUUCAGCUUUUGGAAAUAUCCUGUCCUGCAAGGUGGUUUGUGAUGAGAAAGGAUCCAAAGGCUAUGGCUUUGUUCACUUUGAGACUCACGAGGCUGCAAACCGGGCCAUUGACACAAUGAACGGGAUGCUGCUGAAUGAUAGGAAAGUUCGAAAGACAGGUUUUCAUUUGGAAUCUGGCAUUGUCAACGCAAAGGCCUGUUUCCUGGGGAAAAAAUGUCAUUUGUCCCUGAUUAGUUUUGUUGGCCACUUCAAAUCCCGCAAGGAAAGAGAGGUGGAGUUUGGCACCAAAGCUAUGAAGUUCACCAACGUCUACAUCAAAAACUUUGGUGAAGACUACUCUGAUGAGAAACUCAAGGAAGUCUUCUCUUCAUUUGGGAGGACUCUCAGUGUGCGUGUGAUGAGGGACGAGAGGGGACGCUCACGAGGAUUUGGCUUUGUUAACUAUGCUAACCACGAGGAUGCUCAGAAGGCAGUUGAUGAAAUGAAUGGAAAGGAGAUUAAUGGGAAAACCAUCUUCGCUGGUCGGGCUCAGAAGCGACUGGAGCGCCAGGGAGAGCUCAAGCGCAAGUUUGACCAGAUCAAACAGGACCGCAUCCAGCGCUAUCAGGGGGUGAAUCUGUAUGUGAAGAACUUAGACGAUGGCAUAGAUGAUGAGAGACUCAGGAAGGAGUUUGCUCCGUAUGGUACCAUCACCAGUGCCAAGGUCAUGACUGAUGGCUCACUGAGCAAAGGCUUUGGCUUCGUGUGCUUCUCCUCACCUGAGGAAGCGACUAAAGCAGUCACUGAAAUGAAUGGGAGGAUCGUUGCCACCAAGCCGCUGUAUGUGGCUCUUGCUCAGAGGAGGGAGGAGCGUAAAGCCAUCCUGACCAAUAAAUACAUGCAGAGACUUGCUUCCUUGAGGACCAUGACCAGUCCCAUAAUAGACUCAUAUCAUCAGGGCGGAUACUACAUGACUGUACCACAGCCUCCAGCUCGCUCCUUCUACAACCACAAUGCCGUCAGCAACAUGAGACCGGUACCUCGAUGGACAGGACAACCACCCAGAGUGCAGGGACCCUACCCAGCCCAGUAUGCUGGUACCUCUGUUCCCCGUCGUGGAUCCAACCCAAUCGCCACAGUCAGACAGGCUUCCACUCAGGCUCCCCGCAUCAUCAGCUCGUCACAGAAGACAAAUAACAUCGGGACUCAGACUGUGGGAGGGCGUACUGAUGUGCCUGGUGUGACCAGAAGUGGCCAGUACAAGUACUCGUCUGCUGUGAGAAACGUCACGCAGGUUGUUACUAUACCUGCGCCCAUGACCAGGCUACAGGUCAUUUCUGCUCCUGUGAUUGAGCAGCAGGUUCACAUUCAAGGCCAAGAGCCGCUCACCGCCUCACUGCUGGCUGCAGCUCAACCCAUGGAUCAGAAACAGCUUCUUGGAGAGAGACUGUACCCUCUGAUCCAUUCCCUUCACCCAAACCUGGCUGGAAAAAUCACUGGGAUGCUGCUGGAGAUAGACAACUCUGAGCUGCUUCACAUGCUGGAGUCGCCCGAGUCCCUGCACGCUAAGGUGGAUGAGGCGAUCGCUGUCUUGCAGGCCCACCAGGUGAAGGAUUGCUCUCCUAAGAAGUAAAGGUUCUUUCAAAUGUCAGCAACUUUUUGGAGGAAGAUUU